AUGCAGCAAGUGCGUUCAAAUCGAGAACCAGUACAUGAAACAGCUGCUCGUGGAGGAGGAGGAGAAGGAGGAUCUCCUAUUGCUGCUCGCACUGAAAUAGCGUCAUUAUUUAAUGACUACACUGGUCCACCACGACAUUAUCAUGAUCGUCUAGAAUCCCUUGAACGUGAAAUGGCUUCACUAAAAGGUCAAGUCAAUCAAGCCUUUUUAACUCCAUCAAAUGAACCCGAACUCAAUCGUACACAUUCGACUAGGAAACCACCAAUUUCACAACCGACAUCAGCUCGAGUUCCAAGUCCUCCUCGUAUCCCAUUACCGCCUAAUACUCGAAAAACAUCCAAUGAUGAAACGCAGAUAAUUUCUACGCAUGAUGGACCUUUUUCACGUGCUCUACCUCAAGUACCUGUUCCUCGUAGUAAAAGUUUUCAUAAUGGUGCAUUACAAUCAUCAUCCUCUCAACCGACAAAUAGUUCGGAUGAAGCUAAUCUUCUUCGAUCUUAUAGAGCACAUCUUGAACAAGUACUUCGUAAAGAUGCACCACCAUUUUCGGAUAUUAAAGUACCAAAUUAUACAUCUAUAGAAGAUGUUCUGAAAGCAAAUGAGCAACUAUUACUUGAAAAUGAUCGUAUUCGAUCGGAAUUGAAUCGAUUAAAAACAGAAAGUAUUUUAUUACUUCGAUCUAUGAGAUCAAACGCUGGAUUAGAACCAAAUUUGGGCAAUGAACGGAUUAUUGCAGAACGUGAACGUCAAGAAUUAGCUAUUGAAUUAGCACGUCAAGUCGAAGAAAAUAAACGUCUUCGUCGAUCAUUAUUGGCUCAAUCUGCAAAAUUUUUAACAUUACGUCAAUCGACAAAUGCUACUGAUGCUUCUCUAUCGACAUCCAAUGAUCAUCGUCUUACGCCGGAAUCUGCACCACAGCCAACGCUUAAUUUUAAUAAAACUCAACCACAAUCAAAAUCAGCUCGUUUUAUCGUUGGUAAUCGAGGCAAUGCUCGACCUCGAACAUUCAAUCAUGGCUCACACGAUCCAUUGUAA